UCAAUAUCAUAUCAUACAUACCUGCAUACACACAUGCGCAUACACACACAUAUAUAUGCAUACACACAUACACGCAUACACACAUACACGCAUACACACAUACACAUGCAUACAUGCGCGCAUAUACACACAUGUGCACAUACAUACAUAUACACAUACACACAUACACACACAUAUGUAUAUAUACACAUACACACAUACAUGAAUGCACAUGAAGGGCACGUACCUUGUUUUUAA